AUGUCAUCCUUUAACUGCUCUUCUGAUCUAAUGGCUGAAAAAGACGGUUGGCUAUGUCCUCCGGGGGAAAAGUGUGUCAAUCUGACCUCUGGCGUGAAUGGGAGCCACGUUGAUCUGAAUGAUGCAUGUCUGACCGAAGAAGAGUACCUGGAGAAAUAUCUGGGGCCUCGUCGAUCAUCUGUGUUCCUUCCCGUCUGCCUCAUAUACCUGGUCAUCUUCCUGGUAGGUGUGGUGGGGAACGUGCUGACGUGCACUGUCAUCGCACGCAACAAAGUGAUGUGGACGCCAACAAACUACUACUUGUUCAGCUUGGGGGUGUCAGACAUGCUGGUGCUGCUGCUCGGUAUGCCAUUAGAGCUGUAUGAGUUGUGGCAAAACUACCCCUUCCUCCUGGGCAAUGGCGGCUGCUACUUUAAAAUAUUCAUAUUCGAGACUGUAUGUUUUGCGUCUAUCCUCAACGUGACAGCGCUGAGCGUGGAGCGUUACAUCGCUGUGGUGCACCCGCUACGCGCAAAGUACGUUGUGACGCGUACCCACGCCAAGAGGGUCAUCCUGACGGUGUGGGGCGUGUCGGUGUUGUGUGCUUUGCCAAACACAAGUCUGCAUGGAAUAGCCGUCCUUCACAGUAGCUCCUCCGGUUUUUCCGGGAACAUCUCCGUGGAGAUCCCUGACUCAGCAAUCUGUACGGUGGUGAAACCGCACUGGAUUUACAACCUGACCAUCCAGGUGACCACUGUGCUAUUUUUCAUGCUGCCCAUGCUCACCAUCAGCGGUCUCUACAUGCUCAUUGGCUUGCAGCUGAAGCAGGAGAAGAUGUUGGAGGCGAAGAAGGGCUUUGGACAGGACACCUUCUGUCACGUGCGAACACAGCAGCAGAAGGCCCGUCGCCGGCAGGUCACCAAAAUGUUAUUUGUUUUAGUGGUGGUUUUCGCGAUCUGCUGGGCCCCGUUUCACACUGACCGCCUCAUGUGGAGUUUCAUUAAUGACUGGACUGACAACCACCUGAAGAUAUUCCAGUAUGUGCACAUCAUCUCCGGAGUGUUUUUCUACCUUAGCUCGGCAGUCAACCCAAUCCUGUACAACCUGAUGUCCACACGCUUUAGAGAAAUGUUCAAGGAGGUCAUGUGCCAUCGGCCUCACCACAUGAGCCCCAGAAAGCACUCACUUAGUGUUACCCGGGUGACGCUCCGCAGCACCCUGAGUGAAGUGCCGCUCAGCAAUGGCACUGCUGUUGUUGAAGCCGAGGCAGAAGAAAGAGAAAUGAGGAUGAAAGAUGAAACCUGUUUUUCAUGUUAA